GUGUGGUCUGAGUCCCCUGUGGUACGCCCCCAUGACCUCCAGCGUCUGACGCACCUGACGCUCGUCGGCGUCAUUCCUCACCUGACCACACACACACACACACACACGAGAGAGAGAGAGAGAGAGAGAGAGAGAUGGGACCGCAGCGGCAGGCACCACACACACGCCCCGCCAAUGGUCUGUCUGUCUGUCUGUCUGCCUGUCUGUCGAUCUUGCCUGUGUGAUGACGUAUAGGGCGAAGAGGCUGCAGAGGUCAAGUAUCGGGUUGACGGAUGAGUCCACCACAUACAGACCGCCGUCAGGCCCGCGACGAAAUAACACCUAAUCGGACACAACACAGCCCGUCACGUCACACGGCAGCAACAUCUGUUAUUUUCAUGUGUGGGUGUGUGGGUGUGCCCAGUGAAUGGCUUAAGCUGAUGUGCUCACGUCGUUGAGUGCGCAAGACACCUUCGGCUUCCCCUGUGGCCUGUCCACACACACACACAGACACACAAUGACACAAUGACAAGUAGUGGACAAGGGAUGAGCCAUCGAACCAAGGCAUCCGGACUGACCUAUGCGCGUCGGCUGACGAUGAGGCUGCCGCCGACGAGAGGGCCUGACACAGGCCAAGGACCGCAUCAUGAGAGAGAAGCACACCACAUCAGUCAGUGCAUUCAAUGCCAUUCAUCCACUGCCCAAGGCGCCUGUGUCUCCCGGGUGUGUGUGUAUGGUUCUCACGGCGUGAUCUCUCUGCUGCGUGCGCCUCUGCUGCUGCUGCCGCCCAUUAUUGUUGUGGUGCUGCUGGCGGGUCAAGAGCACAUAGACGCUGAUGAGGAGGAACAGGGCGGUCCACACGAUGGCGGACAGCGUCGACUUGUCGGCGUUCUGCAGCCACCGAUGCAGAUCUGCUGCCAGCGACAU